UCUACACUACACCCCUAUAUGCAGUCACCCGCUGAACAUUGCUGAACAUUGCAAUCCGGACUACAACACUAGUUUACAUACAUAGAGACCAAGGGAUCAUUACGAUACUGAACUGGACUGGGAGUCAGAGUUCCUCAGAGAUUGGGCAACCAACCGGCCGAGCGACAACAUGACCUCCUCCAACUGCACCGAGCCGUCGUCUGGUUACCAGUACCACCUCUACCCCGUGGUCUACAGCGUGGCCUUGGUUCUAGGGCUGCCCGGCAACCUGGUGGCCCUCUUCGUCUACAUCUUCAAGGUCAUCCCGCGCACCUCCUCCAGCGUGUACAUCAUCAACCUGGCCCUGGCCGACACCGCCAUCCUCCUCACGCUGCCCUUCCGCAUCCACUACCACCUGAACCGCAACCACUGGGUCUUCGGGGACAUGGCGUGCCGGGUGACCGGCACCCUGUGGUACGCCAACGUCUCCAUCAGCAUCUGCUUCAUGACCUGCAUCUGCGUGGACCGCUACGUGGCCGUGGUGCACCCCCACCGCUACCUGAGGUUCAAGAACCCCCGCUACGCCGUGGCGGUCAGCGUGCUCCUCUGGGCGGUCGUCGGCGUGGCCAUGCUCAGCUUCAACCUCCUGGGGCCGCUGGAGAGCGACCCGGUCAGCUGCUUCGAGAACUUUGCCAAGGAGGAGUGGAGCGGCCGCCUGAUGCACUACAGCGCGCUCAGCCUGGUGUUCUGCUCCCUGCUGCCCUCCGUCAUCAUCCUGGUGUGCUACCCGCUGGCCAUGCGGCGCAUCUCCCUCAUCCCGGGCAAGACGUCCCACAAGGCCCGCAGGAUCAUCCUCACGGUGCUGGCCAUCACGCUGCUCUGCUUCCUGCCCUACCACGUGGUGCACCUGCUGCACCUGCUGCGCAGGAUGGGGGUGAUCCGCGGCUGCGCCACCAGCGCCGCCAUACACUACGCCCGGCGAGUGACCCUGGCCCUGGUCAGCCUCAACACGUGCCUGGACCCCUUGCUCUACCACGUCACCAGCACACACUGCAGCUGGAGCCCCCUCAGGGGACUGGGGAAGUGGUAUAGGGCACGCAGGUACAUUGGCGUCUACACUCUCCCAUGCAUCAGCCCUCCGGUGAGUUGAGGCGGGGGACAGUAGCGUGUGUAAAACAAGCCAAAAAAGCCACAAAAUAGUGCAGUUUUUUCCCCCAAAAAACAUUUAUUCAAACAGUGGUCUGUACAAUAGAAAAAAAAAAUUGAUCAAUACAGUUGGACAGAAAAUGUGUGUAUCUGAUGUUAAUACAUGAAAUGUAAUAUAAAAAGAUGGUUAGUUUGCUGUCUUAGCACAGUACCGAAGGAAGACCCUUCUUAAGCAGGGUGGAAAGGAAGCUUCCAAGGUCUUCAUCCUGUUAAGAAGUCACAGAAUUGUCUGAAAUUAGUUCAGUGAGAAUGUUUAGUUGAAGUAGAGUGUACUUUUAAAAAAAAAAUUAAAAUCUCAAUUGUAUCGCAGUGAAGGAAGUUUUCGGUAAAUGACAGCUUUUAAUGGAUGGUGUCGUUCAUACAUUGUGUUGCUAUGGAACGUAAUAAAGAAGAAGCACUUGUAUAGUUUUAUUCUCCGUCAUAAAUUGGUUGCUAUGUAAAGAGCAUCAGUGCUACGCUUUAAAAAAUACACCGCCUCCCACAAUAGACAGUUGCUGUUCACCCGAUUUACUUCAUCUUUCGUGACAGUCGCCCAUGUUAGAAAAUUAGGUUCCAAGUCCCAAUGACGCAAUAUACAUAAACAACCCUGAAACUUUAUGCAAAUCUAAAAAUGCUUGAGUGCUAAAAUCGGUCAUUUGGAAAUAUUAUAAUGACUCACUGCAUGCAGACAGCGUCUACUAAAACAGACACAGAGUGGAACUUUCCUUUGAACCACAACUUCCUCUACCUCGCACGGCUCCGAAGGUGACUACAACAGAACACGAUCGCCUGUUUACAUUAGUUACUGCUGUCACAUUACUAGCCACUCAGCUCUCUGCUCACCUGGUAGCUCCAGGACAGAAGCAGAACCUUGGUGUUUGGGUCAUCGGUGGAGGAAGACACUUUCACCACGAUGGACUCCACCAUGACAGACAUGCUGUCGGGGAGGUGUUGGGUCGUGUAACCUUUAAGUACACUGGAGGCAAGAGAAAAAAAGACAUGUGGGUGUACAGCAGAUGGGUACAUAACCACAAUGUGGCACGUUUACCACAGGAAAUGACAUGGAACCAAAUAACAAGUGUAUUGAUGUUGCUUAAACCCUCCCCCCUACUGGGGGUGGGUUUAAUCAAUACACAUGUCAUUUGAUUACACCAACACUAGUUCUGAAACAAAGCUCUGAAAUACCAUGGUUCUGAAAUACCCACCCUAGAAUGAGACAGCCAAACUAGUUCUGAAACAAAAUUCUGCGCAUACUAGAUCUGAGACACCCACACAACUUCUAAAACCAAGUUCUGAAGACCCACACUAGAUCUGAGACACCCACACUAGUUCUGAAACAAAGUUCUGAAGACCCACACUAGAUCUGAGACACCCACACUAGUUCUGAAACAAAGUUCUGAAGACCCACACUAGAUCUGAGACACCCACACUAGUUCUGAAACAAAGUUCUGAAGACCCACACUAGAUCUGAGACGCCCACACUAGCUCUGAAACAAAGUUCUGAUAGACCCACACCAUUUCUGUAACGUCGGCUGUGCCAGCCAACAAUGAAGAAGAUGAAGAAAUUAAGAAUACAAUGAAGAAGAUACAAAGUAGAAUAUAAGAGGCGGGAAGA